AUGCCGCCCGCGCAGCUGGGGGCGCCCCCCGCUCGGGGGUCCUCGGGGCCCCCCUGGAAGCUGGCCCUGGGCGAGGCGCUGAGCAGCCAGUACGGGCUCAACGUGUUCGCCGCGGGGCUGCUGCUGCUGCUGGCCUGGGCCGUGCACGCGGCGGGCGCGGGCGCGGGCGCGCUCCUGUGCGCGCUCACGGCGCUCAUGCUCGCGCAGCUGCUCUGGAUGCUGUGGCACGUGGCCCGCAGCGCCGCGCGCCGCCGGCUCAUCCGACACGAGGACGCGCACGCGGGCGCGCGCUGGCUGCGCGGCAGCAUCGUCUUGUUCGCCGUCAUCACCAUCAUCCUGGGCUGCCUCAAAGUUGGCUACUUUGUUGGAUUCUCAGACUGUUUACCCAUCACAGAGGGAGUGUUCCCGGUCGUACACACAGCCCACACCCUGUUGCAGGUCUACUUCCUCUGGGGACAUGCCAAAGACGUCAUCCAGUCCUUCAAGACCUUGGAAAGGUUUGGGGUGAUCCACUCUGUCUUCACCAACCUGCUGCUGUGGGCUGCGGGAGUCCUGAAUGAGUCCAAGCACCAGCUCAAUGAGCAUAAGGAGAGACUCAUCACCUUGGGAUUUGGGAAUAUCACCAUGGCCCUGGACGACCACAGCCCCGCCUGCAACUGCACCCCGCCGGCCCUGUGCUCGGCGCUGUCCCAGGCCAUCUACUUCCUGUACCCCUUCAACAUCGAGUACCAGAUCGUGGCCUCCACCAUGUUCUACGUGCUGUGGCGGAACGUGGGCCGCCGGCUGGACGCGCCGCAGCCCCCGCGCCCCCCGCCUCCCCCCUGCCGGCCGCCCCCGGGGGCGCUGCUGGGCCUGGGCGCCCUGGCCGGCACCUGCGGCGUGGUGGCCGCCUACCUGGCGCGCGUCGGCCGCUCCCGGGCGCACAGCGAGGCGGCGCUGCUGCUCUUCUACCUGGCGGCCAGCGCGCUGCUGCUGCUGAUGGCGCUGGCCGGGCUGGCGGGGCUGGGGGCGCUGCGGGGACCCCGACGGCCGCACCUGCGCGCGCACCUCCCCGCUCGCCAGCUGGACGCGCACCUGCUGGUGGGCGCGGCCUCGGGUUCCUGGCUCAUCUCUUGGGGGUCGCUGCUGGCGCUCGGCUGCGCCCCCUCGCGGCCGCCCUACGCCUGGGCGGCGCUGCCCUACUCGCUGCUGGUCAUCGCGCAGGAGGCCGUGCAGAACGUCUUCAUCCUGGGCGCCGCCCUGCGCGCACCCGCCGCCCCGCCCCGCGCGCCCGUGCAAACCCUGCGCGUGGCCGCCGUGGGCGCGCCCCCGGGGACCGGCCUGGACUGGGAGCGCGAGGGCGGCCUCUGGUGGUCGGGACGGGAACAGCAGGAGAGCAGCGCCCAGGGGCCAGGGCUGGAGGGAGAGGGCGGCCCCUGGUGGUCGGGACGGGAACAGCAGGAGAGCAGCGCCCAGGGGCCAGGGCUGGAGGGAGAGGGCUCCCUCUCGUGGUCCGGACGGGAACAGCAGGAGAGCAGCGCCCAGGGCCCAGGGCUGGAGGGAGAGGGCGGCCUCUGGUGGUCGGGACGGGAACAGCAGGAGAGCAGCGCCCAGGGCCCAGGGCUGGAGGGAGAGGGCGGCCUCUGGUGGUCCGGAUGGGAACAGCAGGGUCCCCUCCCAGGACCGGGCCAGGGCCAGCAGCUUCAGGAACCCGGCUGUGACCAGGAGGGCAGCCCGCAGGGCUUCUGCCAGCACCAGGAGGCCGCCAGGACCAGCAUCCUCAGGAACAUCACAGCAUUCCUCUUCCUCUGCAACAUCUCGCUCUGGAUCCCCCCCGCCUUCGGCUGCCGCCCCGAGUAUGACAAUGGUUUGGAGGAGACCGUGUUUGGCUUCGAGCCCUGGAUCACCGUGGUCAACCUGGCCAUGCCUUUCUCCAUUAUCUACCGCAUGCACGCCGCCGCCUCGCUCUUUGAGAUCUAUUGUAGCCUCUAGCCGGGGUGGGGCCGCCGGAGGGGCGCCACCGGGCAGGCUGCGACUGGGCAAAUAUUGACCCGCAGAUGUGACCAGGGCAGCUGUUGUCUGCAGGCAUUGUUGGGGACGGGAUUGCCAACAAGGGAGGGGACGGGUUCGGUCUCAUCAAGCCCUGAAAAGUGUGUUCCUUCCUGAAUGAGACCGGCUGUUGUGCAAGAAUCUUGUCCCCUCGGGGGGAGGUGGCUUUACGAUUAUUUUCAUCAUAAAAAUUGUUUUCCUGUUGCUGUAUU